AUGGGAAAUAAUUGUUGUGAAUGUUGUAUAAAGAAAAAUUAAAAAGAUAAUAACAAUGACACAAAUGAAAAGGAAAUUGAAUAGACAGUGGAUUAUAAAAUAUAAAAAGGACCAACUCAUAUUAACGUUCUACAUAAAAAUCUACAGGCAAGUAAUUGCAUUGUAUAUGUAUCCUGUUGCGAUGAUAGAGGGAGAAACUCAUAAAAUUAAUUACUCUAAAAAAAUGAAUAAGUUGCAGAAUAAUUGUCGAGAAAGACAAAUCAAAUAGGGCAACUUAGUGAAGUAACAAUAGGGAAAGUCUUUUUUUACUUUUUCGUAUUACCAUUAUACUUGGGGGAAGAUCAGUAAGUUCUCCUAUUAAAACAACAAAUAAAACAAUUGGCUUAAACUAUUAUGGACAAAAAUUUGACUGAAAUUGCAAUCGAAGAUAUCGGAGUCUAAAGAUUUGGCUAUCCACGACAACUAGUAGCUAAAUUGAUCAUCGAAACAUUUGCCAGUCUAUUACAUAGGAUGGUAAGCUUGAACAGGAUAGAUUUUAUGAUCAAUGACUUAAAAUCAAAAUCAUUGUUUGAAGAAGAAAUUCAAGCCAGAAGGGAAAUUUUAAUAAAAGGGGAUUCCUUAUUGAAGAUUGAUUAGACAGAUGAGAAAUCACUAAAACAGCCUUUGAUGGUUUGA